AUUCCUCUCUCUCUCCUACACUCACCCUAACACACACGCAUUAUAAGUCUACUAUAGCGGUGCAAUAGUGAGCCAGAGGUCGUCCUUUCGCAUUUCAAACUGUAGGCCAUUGGGGCGAGACCUCAGAGCGCAUCGCGGCAAUCAGACCCAAACCGCGGCGAUUUAACCAAUCCAAGCAAAGUACGCGCUUUGCCGGACGCACAUUCACGCCAAUGGUCCUCUGACGGGUCGAGCGCACGAGCUCCCCGCAAUCCGCGUUAUCGGCAGCUCAGUAGCCAAGGAACGGGGUGGCAGCCAGGAGAGGAGUAGAGAAGUGGAGGACAGAGAAGAGGAGGGAAGGUGGCUGAGCUUACUGAGGACCGACGACGAGAAUAAACAAACACGCCACAUUAUAGGGUAGUCUGCGAGGACAGAGCAUACAAACCGUGAACUGCUGAUAUUCUGAGUGGAAAGAACUGACGCCCGAGGUGACAACGAUCUUCGACUGAAAUGGCUGAGGUGUCACAGGAGGAGAAACUUCAGGCAAUCGCUGAGAAGAGGAAGAAGCAGACAGAGAUUGAGAACAAGAGGAGGCAGCUGGAUGAUGACCGAAGGCAGCUCCAGCAUCUCAAGUCUAAAUCCCUGCGGGAGCGCUGGUUGCUGGACGGCGCGCCAGAGGAGGAGGAGACACAAAGGCGUCUCCACGACGACGAAGUGAAGACCAAACUGCUGGAGCAGAACAUCACCAGGCUGGAGCAGGAAAUCGAGGACCUGGAGACAGGCGUGGCAGAUGAUGGGGGCGUGGCCAAAGAGAAUGGAGGUGAGAAUGGCGUGGUGCAAGGCAGCAAGGUGGCGGGCCAGACCCCCAGGAGGGAGGUGACGGGCAUGGAGGCUAAGCUGGUGGGGCCCAGCCCGGACCAGGCCAGCGCCGAGAACCCCGUCACCCUGGUCUUCAUGGGCUACAAGACGGUGGAGGAGGAGCAGGAGAGCCGCGCCGCUCUGGGCACGGAGGGCGUGGACGGAGACGUCAAGGCUGAGUUUGUGGUCAUCGAAGACGGGGAGGGGAAGACGGGGGGGGAGGCGGGAGCCACGGGGGAGGCGGGGCCCCCCAACGGCAGCAUGGCAGAGAAAGGGGAGGCCAAUGGAGGCGGGGAGGAAGGAGAGAAGAAGGAGGAUGAGAAGAAACAGCCCUGCAAGUGUUGCACGGUUAUGUGAUAGUGUGUGUGUGUGUGUGUGUGUGUGUGUGUGUGUGUGUGGAGUGGAGUGUCUGUGCGUGCAAUUGCGUGUGUGUACGUGUGUGCUUGGGCAUGAGUGUUCCUGCGUGGGUGGGCUUGAAGGGUGUGUGUGUGUGCGUGUGUGUGUGUGUGUGCAUAUGCAUGUGUGUGGAAGAGAGUGUGUUCUCACAGGACUGGAAAAAAAACUACAGUUCAACACCAGAGAAAACUACAGCCAAGAUGGCAGCCGCUGAAGCCAACUGGACAUCUGCAGCCACCCUAACAAACAUGAAGACUCAACACUCUCAAGUAUUCUCCUUUCUCUGAUAUGUAUUUUACUUUUUAUUUCUAUUGAUAUUUUUCUAUUUUUCUGUCUUGACAUUUAUAAUGUAUUCAGUAUGUAUAUCUUUAUUAUUGAACUGUAUGUAAUUUUGUUGUUAUUGUUGAAUAGAACAUGUGACAGCUCUCUAGGUUGUACUGUUACAUCUGGGGAGAUCUGGAAACUUCUAAUCUAUGUCAUUUAGUCACUACAAAGAAAUAUGAAGGACACAGGCGCAUAUGUAUAUUCCUCUGUGUAUCUAACUAUUUAUCAAUCUAUUUCAUAAUACGAUAAUGUCUCCAAGAUAUGAUUUUGAAUAGUAUUUUAAUAUAUUGAUAUCAAAUUAUGUUUUUUACAGUGUGUAUUUAUUUGUUUUGGGUUUUAUUUUGAAUCAUCUCCAACCACUAUCUGCAUGAAAGCUUGUAUGCGCUACCAUAUUCAGUUAAAAUCACGAGGAUUAAAAAAAAGAAGUGCUGUCUAAACUCCUGUCCUCACCUAUAGUUGUCAUAAGCCUUUACACAGUGAUAUGAUUAACUGUUGACGGUUGUCACAAAUACGAAGCUGACCCAGAGGCUCGUCACAAUGACACUUCAUUACAACAUAACAUGUACCUGUAACCCUGUGCUUGGGUCCUGUUCAUUAGAGAGAACCCCACUGCAUCACUGGUCACUGCAAGUCAACUCAUCCCUGCAAUGCUUCUUAACGCUUAGCAGUUUGGUGGCGUCAGCAAUAAUGUCAAUGUUGCGUCUAAAGAGGACCACUGCAUGAACAGGUCGGACAGGUCCAUUCACCAUCACGUUUCCCUUGUUUUGUCAUGAAUGUAAUCUCGGGUUUAACUGGGACGUCGCGGAGGGUGGAGCUGGCCCCCCCCCCUGCAUCUUUCAUUUCCAUGCGAAUCCAACAAACCCAGUCCCAGACAGUCCUCAUGACUCACUGCUGGUUCCUGCUGACCAACCAGGGAGGUCGUCUAGCUUUGACACCCUGUUUGUCCCUCUGGUGUUCUAGAUUUCGAGGCUGUGGCUGCAGACCACGCUAGCCAGCCAGCCAGUCAGCCAGUCUGUAAAACAGUCAGUCAGUAAGACAGUCAGUCGGUCAGUAAGACAGGCCGACUGUCCCUCCACAUCCCCAUGGUGGACCGUGUGCGGACCCAGAGGAAACAGAACCCCCCCCCCCCCCCCCCCCGAGGUUGGUGCUAAUUCUCGCUCUCCGCUCGUUGUCUCGCUCCUCCGGCUCGAGGGACUUUCUAUGACCGAGUUGUUGUCGUUCUUCUCAUGGACUCUACUGUCGCUCUACUGCCCUGGGGUUAACACCAGAGAAAAAUUGCCUUUGUGUCGAAACGAGCGGGAGACCUCCACACAGCCGUGUGUUUCCGGUGUACAGUUCCAACCUUCGUGUGACUGACUUGUUCCCUGUCAUGGUUUCUAUUUGGCCCCCUGCAUUAGAAGGGGCAGCAUUGUAUUUGAUGUGAUUACUACAUCUGUGUAUUGUCGGUGCCUUUUGUCAGGUUCAAUUGGUUGGGCUAGUGAGCCCCGGGUUUCCCAGCUCUGGGCCCGCCCCACCGUCACCCCUCCUCAAACCCAAACACUAGGAUCCACGCCAGAUGGCGGACGACGUGAAACUCAGGCAUACGCCCUACUGCCCGCGAGGAUUUCCUGUAUGCCCUGUAGAAUGAGCAGUAAAUGGGUGGGGGACAGCAUUGGAAAGAGAGGAGGCUUGGUCCAUUGACGGUAUGCCCACGACUUCAUACCAAACGACACCCCUUACUCACCUCCGGUUGUUAGUUACGUCCACACAUUCAUCCCAGGGUCUUGUGUCUCUCACUCCAGAGUUUACUGGCCAAGCAGUUGGGGGUGUCACUGGUCCCGGAGCUGAGAAGCCCUGUGUCAGACCAACGGCCUGUUCAUCUAUUCUGUGGUCGUCCAAAUGUUUAAUCUCUAAUAAAAUUACUGUUUGUUUUCA